GGGGAGCACAGACGCAGUGCUACCUGGACUUUAUAGCAGGGACUUUAUUUCUUAGACGUUUGUCAUUUCUCCUGGUGUCUGUCGUUCAGCACAGCCGGCCAACAUGCCCACUGACGCACAAAGCGAUGCCCGCUCCUUCCUGACUGAGGAGAUGAUUGCAGAGUUCAAAGCCGCCUUCGACAUGUUUGACACAGACGGCGGCGGUGACAUCAGCACCAAGGAGUUGGGUCAAGUGAUGAGGAUGCUGGGUCAGAACCCAUCAAGAGAGGAGCUGGAUGCCAUCAUUGAGGAGGUGGAUGAGGAUGGCAGUGGUACUAUCGACUUUGAGGAGUUCUUGGUCAUGAUGGUGCAGCAGCUAAAGGAGGACCAGGCUGGAAAGAGCGAAGAAGAGCUUUCGGAGUGUUUCCGCAUUUUUGACAAGAACGGAGAUGGUUUCGUUGACCGGGAGGAGUUUGGAGAUAUUCUUCAUCUCACUGGAGAACCGGUGGUAGAGGAAGAUAUUGAUGAGAUGUUCGGGGAAGCAGACAACAACAAAGAUGGAAAGAUUGAUUUUGACGAGUUUCUGAAGAUGAUGGAGAACGUCCAGUAAUGACACCACCUCUACAUUCCCUAAUGAACCGUCUUCAGAGAGAAUCCUCUCAAUGCAAGAGGCCCUGUACAAACAACCUGUGAUGCAGCUACUGACACGUCAAAAAAGAUACAAGUAUAGAAAUAGUUCCCCCCCCCCCCAACACUGCCCCCUUCUCAUAUGAAACCCUGAAGCCGGGUGGGGAUAUCUAUAAAUAUCCGUUCAAACCUUUUAAGACGAAGGCACUUUCCCCAGACCGCCUCCUUGAGCAAAGCAGCCAGCUGUCCUCUUGGCAGCUGCUGUUUCUCCAGAAAUGCAACACCACCUAUAGCUCUUACCCACACCUUCCUCUUCCUAGACCGACCCCUCCUCUAAAGAACUUGAUAUCUUUUACACCUUGUUCUGUGCUUUACAAAUAAAUCCGCUUUCUCCUGUAUCUUGA